GCCACAGGCAGGCCUGUGGGUUCCUGACCAGAUUGUAGUGCAGCGGGUUAAAGAGGGCCAUGUAGCAGUCACAGGCCAUGACAGACAGCAGAAUGGCCUUCCUGCUGCCCAGGAAGUGGAAGAAAUGGAACUGGGUGAGGCAGCUGGUAAAGGAGAUGGCCUGGUGCCCCAACAGGAAGCCGGCCAGCAUCUUGGGCAUAUUUUGAGGUUAAUAAAUGGAGAAGAAGAACUUCACCCCAGUGACAGAAUUUGUCCUCUUGGGCCUCACUCAGAGACCUGAGCUGCAGCCAUUCCUUUUUGUGACUUUCUUCAUAGUCUACAUAAACACUUGGCUGGUAAACGUCAUCAUCAUCACCACUGUGAUCUCUGACUACCAGCUCCACACCUCCAUGUAUAUCCUGCUGGCCAACUUGGCUUUCCUAGAUAUCUGCGAUUCAUCAGUCAAUACUCCAAAAUUACUCUCAGAUCUCCUCUCACAGCAUAAAACCAUCUCAUUCAAUGAGUGCAUCCUUCAGAUGUUUUUCCUCCACUUCUUUGCUGGCGCUAUGGGGUUUUGCCUUGUGGGGAUGGCGGUCGAUCGGUACGUGGCCAUCUAUAAACCACUGCGGUACUUAACUAUCAUGAACCGGGGUGUAUGCAUGAGGAUAGUGGCACUGGCAUGGCUGGUUGGAUUGGCUCACUCUGCUGUUCAGACUGGACUGCUCCUCCAGUUACCCUUCUGUGGUCCAAACAUCCUGGACAAUUUUUACUGUGAUGUCCCACAAGUCAUCAAACUGGCCUGCACCAACACUCACUUGGCUGAAAUGCAGAUGAACUUAAACAGUGGGUUAGCGAUCAUAAUAAUAUUCAUCAUUCUGCUUAUUUCUUACGCUGUCAUCUUAAUCAAGAUCAGGACACAUGUCACGGAAGGGAAGCACAAGGCUCUGUCCACCUGUGGAACCCAGAUCACUGUGAUGUGUUUUCAAUUCAUACCCAGCAUCUUCAUCUAUGCUUGGCCCAUCAAGCAGUUCGCCCUGCAUAAGGUGGUCUCAGUCAUUUACUCUACAAUCACCCCAAUGCUGAACCCGAUGGUCUACACCAUGAGAAAUGCUGAGAUGAAGAAGGCCAUCAGGAGACUAUUGAACAGAAUGCUGUUCUCACGGCAGGAAAGACAGACAUAGUUUAUCUCUCAAUGUCCAUUGGUGUUAAAAACCUGAUCUCAGUCAUAUAUCAGAGAUCAGACAUAUGUGGCACGUGAAAUGUGUGUGUGGUCAA